AUGGCUCCUCCGAAGGGCAACACGAAGAAGGCUCAACAGAAAGCUGCCCGACGUGAACUGCAGCAGAAAAAGGCCGCUGCAAAGGAGCAGAAAAAGAAGCAGAAGAAAGGUGAAGUGGAGUGUGAUGAGACUCCAAUUGAUGUACUACUGCAGCAGCUAGAGGAGGAACACCGGCAAAGGCAGAUAAGCAAGACUCAAGCCACACUGUGCAACCAGCCCUCCCCUAGGGCCCAUGCUUCCCUGACCCUGCUACCGAGCGGCGACUUCUUGCUUUUUGGGGGAGAAAGUUAUGACGGCAAGAAAGUCCGUGUGUAUGGGGACCUUUUCAAAUGGGAUAUGGACAAGGCGGAGUGGCGUCGCCUCGAAGCCCCCGAAAUGCCGAAAGCUCGAUGCUCUCACCAAGCCGUAUACCACAACGAUGCGCUUUAUGUAUUUGGAGGCGAAUUUUCAACAUAUUAUCAAUUUCAUCACUAUAAAGACUUUUGGAAAUUUGAUCUGAAGUCUAAUUUAUGGAGUAAGAUUCUCGUCGAGUGCCCUGCGCAAGUCCCGUCGCCCCGAAGCGGACAUCGAAUGGCUGUUUGGCGUGGCUUGUUGAUUCUGUUUGGCGGAUUCCAUGACACCGGAAGAGAUACGCGCUACUAUAACGACUUAUAUGUAUUCAUCUUCAGUGAGAACAAAUGGAGAAAAAUUGAAUUUCCACCUCAUACGCACAUUCCGGAGGCUCGAGGGGGAUGUGUUUUUGUCGUCGUCGGAGAUGUGAUACUGCUCCAUGGGGGCUUUGCGAAGAUAAGGGACACGAACAAACGUGUCCAGGGCAAGAUAUUCACUGUGGGCCUGGAUCUUGCAGCUCCAGCCAUUCCUUGUAUACCCCUGGACUCUUGGCUCUUGGAUUUAAAACCAUUGGCUAAAGGGGCACUGACGCAGAUCCCUACGUGGGAGAAAAUAAAAAAUAGCGGUACCCCGCCAUCGCCAAGAACAGGGAUGUGCGCAACCGCGUACAAGUCCAGCGUUAUUGUUUUCGGUGGAGUCGCUGACCAAGAUGAUGGAGGAACAAAUCUAUCGCGUUGGUACCGUCUUGAGCUGAAGACUGGAAAAAAGGGGGGCUCAAAAAAGCGUGCCCCCAGGCAGAUAGGAAGGGACAUAGGUCAGUUAUCUCCGGGACAGGAGCCACAGACCUACGAAAGUGAAACCAGCGAAGCGUCUUCUGGCGAAGAAAACUGGCAAAAGACGUUUGCUUACUUUGACGCUAAAGGCCGAUUAGUGAAGCUGCAACUAGAGGAUAUUCCGGAGGUGAAUCGAGCUGUCGCAACGCAUCCACAGAGCUCACCAGAGCGUGAACAGAACAUCGGCGGGAUUUCCUCCAGUUGCGGCGGGGAGACCAGCACUGACACGAGCACAGCUGCGUGUGAUGUGUCGGUGGAGUGUGAGCCUGGUGGUGCCGUCGAUCCCCCAAAGCCCACUGAGCCCACUGAAGGGGAGGUGCAGCACACAAACUCCAAAUCUGAUGCACGGCUAAGUUUGGCUUCAGUUGGGCCACUUGACGCUCCACAGGCCCCUUCGGUGUUUUCAGCUGAUGUACCCCUUCCCCGACUUCACGGAAUGAUUUGUGUGCGGGGGUCCAGCUUGGUUUUAAUGGGGGGCCUAAUGGAGCUAGGAAAUAAGGAAAUUACCUUGGAUGACUGCUGGAGUCUUAACCUGAAUAAAAGAGACCGUUGGGUCCGUGUACUGGAGGGCACGAUGCAUGAACAAGAAUGGCAAGGAGAGAGUGAAGCUGAAAGCGGCGGGGGAAGCGACAGCGAGGAUGAUAGCAACUUCAGCGAUACGGGAAGCUCCGAAAGUGACGAUCUGAACAACGAGAUGUCAAGUUCGGAUGAAGAAGUCCCAAACCAAGUAAUUAAAGAACGGAAACGGCAUCGUGUUAGGGAGGAGAUGCAACAACUGCGGGAGAGGUUCGGCCUUGACGAUCCGAUGGAGACCCCUGCAGAAGGCGAGUCCCUACGUGAUUUUUUUGAACGGACAAGAGAGUAUUGGGUUCAAAAGGCACGCGCUGGAGGAUGCUGCGCUAAGAACAGCAAGGAAAUGACGCGAGAAGCCUUUGAGGCGGCUUCCGCUCGCGUGUCGGCUAUCCGAGAUGCACUGCGCCGAAUGGAUGAGCUCCUCCGUCUAGAUGGCGGUCAAUCAGAAGAGCGCGACUCUCGCUCAAAUGGCAACCAGACGGCAUCCGCAUCUAGGCAUUACAGUUAG